GGCUGUUGGGAAUAUGCCCGUCCAAUCGGCUGACUAUUGAUAUCCAUGCAGGGGGACAUUCCCAACAAAACAGGUCAACAAUGCCAGACUCAACCAAAUAUGCACCUCGCAAUUGCGGGUUUUUUUCUUUUUGAUCAUGAUAUUUCCAUGUGCUCAAGCAAUUCUCUCCUCCUCAGGCCAUGUUCGAUGUCAACGUUGGCAGAGAGAAGAAUCGAUAUAAUCAUCCUACCUUGACCACAUCUACGUCCAAACCCUCAACAAAGAACAUCUCUUAGACACACACACACACAUACAUACACACACACACAACAUGGCGUCCACGCAUCCUGAGUCUGGGACACGCAGCAGACGAAGAUCCAAGUCGUUUUCCAACACGAAACCGCCGCACAUCACAGAGACGCCCUUAAAAUGGACGAACUGGUACCAGUUUGUCGACUGGCUGAGCGUCUUCUUCAUACUCAUUGUCCCGCUUAUGGGCUUCGUCGCGGCUUCUUUUCACCCUCUGCAACGUGCCACCGCCAUCUUCGCCAUUGUGUACUACUUUAAUACUGGGUUGGGCAUUACAGCGGGAUACCAUCGUCUCUGGGCCCAUUGUUCCUACCGAGCGUCGACCCCCCUCAGGAUCUAUUUGGCAGCGGUCGGCGUCGGGGCCGUCCAAGGCUCCAUCCGAUGGUGGUCCAGGGGCCAUCGCGCCCACCACCGUUACACCGAUACCGAAAAGGACCCCUAUUCCGUGCGCAAAGGCUUCUGGUAUUCCCAUCUCGGCUGGAUGGUGAUGAAGCAGAACCCCAAGAAAAUCGGCCGGGCCGAUAUCACCGACCUCAACGAGGACCCGAUCGUCAUCUUCCAGCAUCGACACUACAUCAAGGCGGUCCUGUUCAUGGGUCUCGUCUUUCCGACGCUGGUGUGCGGGAUCGGUUGGGGUGAUUGGAUGGGCGGCUUCAUCUACGCGGGCAUCGUCCGAGCCACUUUCGUGCAGCAGGCGACCUUCUGCGUGAACUCCCUGGCGCACUGGCUGGGCGAUCAGCCCUUCGACGAUCGGAAUUCGCCACGCGACCAUGUCAUCACCGCCCUGGUGACACUCGGCGAGGGCUACCACAAUUUCCACCACGAGUUCCCGUCCGACUACCGCAACGCGAUCGAGUGGUGGCAGUACGAUCCGACCAAGUGGGCGAUCUGGACGUGGAAGAAGCUAGGGCUGGCCUCCGAGCUGAAGGAGUUCCGACAGAAUGAAAUCGAAAAGGGCAGACUGCAGCAGGAGCAGAAAAAGCUUGAUGUCCAGCGCUCCAAGCUGGACUGGGGCACGCCGCUGUCCCAGUUGCCCGUGAUAACGUGGGAUGACUUCAAAAUCCAGUCGGCCACGGGCGACGGGAGAGCCCUGGUGGCCAUCGCUGGGGUGGUAUACGACGUGGCCUCCUUUAUCAACGAGCAUCCGGGGGGCAAGGCGUUCAUCUCCUCGGCGAUCGGCAAGGACGCGACCGCCACCUUCAACGGCGGGGUCUACCAGCAUUCCAACGCCGCUCAUAAUUUGCUCUCUACCAUGCGCGUGGGCGUCCUCUACGGGGGGGGGGAGGUCGAGGUCUGGAAACGCGCCUACUCAGAGCAGCAGAGCCGCUUCAUUGCGCAGGAUGAUAAGAGUUAAUGUAUUAUACGAAUCAGCGAGGCAAUCAAUACUUCUUCUUUACGGAAAGGCACCCCACGGUUUAGAUGAAAGCGUAGGAGUGAAGCCGUGAUCAAAUAGAUCUAUAUAUGCAUAAUUCAGCCUAAUUUGUUAGUAGCUAUAGAUAAAAA